UACCGUAAUGUGCUCUUCACGAGGCUACCCUUGAUAGUGGUUCGGAAGAUGUCGCUGGUGCAAAAUACUGCAGAGAGAAUUCCAGAUGCCACAUACAUGUUACUAUGGCAAUGACUGCAGGGACUCCAACUUCCUUUCCCAUGAGCAACCACACCCGGGAGAGAGUGACAGUGGCCAAGCUCACACUGGAGAACUUUUAUAGCAACCUAAUUUUACAGCAUGAAGAAAGAGAAACCAGGCAGAAGAAACUAGAAGUGGCCAUGGAGGAGGAAGGUUUAGCAGAUGAAGAGAAAAAGCUACGAAGGUCUCAGCAUGCCCGCAAAGAAACCGAAUUUCUGCGGCUGAAGAGAACAAGGCUAGGCCUCGAUGACUUUGAAUCUUUGAAAGUUAUUGGAAGAGGUGCUUUUGGAGAGGUCCGCCUCGUUCAAAAGAAAGAUACGGGUCAUAUUUAUGCAAUGAAGAUACUAAGAAAAGCUGACAUGCUAGAGAAAGAGCAGGUGGCUCAUAUACGGGCAGAAAGAGAUAUACUGGUUGAAGCAGAUGGUGCCUGGGUGGUGAAGAUGUUUUAUAGUUUUCAAGACAAACGGAAUCUCUACCUGAUCAUGGAGUUUCUACCUGGAGGAGAUAUGAUGACAUUGUUAAUGAAGAAGGAUACUUUAUCGGAGGAAGAAACACAGUUUUACAUAUCUGAAACUGUGCUGGCCAUUGAUGCAAUUCACCAGCUGGGUUUUAUUCACAGAGAUAUUAAGCCAGAUAAUCUUCUCCUGGAUGCAAAGGGGCAUGUAAAACUCUCUGAUUUUGGACUCUGCACAGGUUUAAAGAAAGCUCACAGAACCGAAUUCUACAGAAAUCUUACACACAAUCCACCAAGUGACUUCUCAUUUCAGAACAUGAACUCUAAGAGAAAAGCAGAAACAUGGAAAAAGAAUAGGCGACAGCUGGCAUACUCUACUGUUGGGACCCCAGAUUAUAUUGCUCCAGAAGUUUUCAUGCAAACGGGUUACAACAAAUUAUGUGACUGGUGGUCUUUGGGAGUGAUUAUGUAUGAAAUGCUAAUAGGUUAUCCCCCUUUCUGCUCUGAAACACCUCAAGAAACAUAUAGGAAAGUUAUGAAUUGGAAAGAGACUCUAGUAUUUCCACCUGAGGUGCCCAUUUCAGAAAAAGCCAAGGACUUAAUUCUAAAAUUUUGCACUGAUGCAGAAAACAGAAUCGGUAGCAGUGGAGUAGAAGAACUUAAGAGUCACCCAUUUUUUGAAGGUGUUGAUUGGGGACAUAUCAGAGAGAGACCAGCUGCAAUCACUAUAGAAAUCAAAAGUAUUGAUGACACUUCCAAUUUUGAUGACUUCCCAGAAUCUGAUAUUUUACAGCCAGUGCCAAACACCACAGAACCUGAUUACAAGUCCAAGGACUGGGUUUUUCUUAAUUAUACUUACAAAAGGUUUGAAGGGCUCACUCAGCGUGGCUCCAUCCCUUCGUACAUGAAUGCUGGAAAGUUGUGAAACACAGCAGAAAUAAAACAAAGAACUCAGGUAGCUGCUGCAUCACUAAGACCCGCUUGGCAUAAUCCCAAUACACUGAAAUGGUCACGACGAUGGACUGAAAAUAGGAAAUUCUACCGGAUUAGGAUUUCUAAGACUACUACAAGAAUUAGUUGGCAGUGCCAGCUGGCUUCUCUCUCUCUCACUCUUUUUUUUAAUAGUGAAUAUUUUUGUUAACUUUAUUAUAACAAAGGUACUGGAAUAAAAAAGGAAUGGACAUCUUUGUGUGUG